UUCGUUUCCUGUCUUCUCCUCUCCUCUCAUUGAUACUUGAUUGAAAAGGUUGAGUCUUUUUAAUGCAAACUGUAUUGGGUUGGUGAAAACUUUGAAGAAAAGAAUCGUGUAUAUCAAAACUACAGUAAAGGUUUGAUUGUGUUCAAGUGUUGGGAUCUUAGGUUAUGAUGAAUAAGAGGAGUGUUUUAUGUUUUGCCGGUAUAUAAAGAUGUUAUCUUCACCUUUCAUGGGAUCAAGUACUGGGGGUUUGAGCUCUGCUGGAUUAUAGGAGCUAUUGAUUUUGAAGUCUUGUUUUAAGCAUCAUUGUUUUAUGUGAGUGAUUAUUUGAAGUGUUGAGGAUUAUAUUAUAUUUGGUGUAUUUAGUUUCAGGACAAAAUGUAUUGCAAUUUUAUGGAGCAUGGUAUAGAGUACGCGAAACAGGCAGUCAAGGAGGAUGAUGCUGGAAACUAUAGGAAAGCUUUCCAGCUUUAUAUGAAUGCAUUGGAGUAUUUUCAAGCACAACUGAAGUAUGAGAAGAAUCCACAGAUUGAGAAAACAAUUAGGCAAAAAUGUUUGGGGUAUCUAAGAAGGGCGGAGGAGAUCCGAUCUGUUCUUGAUAAUGGUAGAAGUAUGCCAGCGUCAAAUGGUGAUACAUCGGUUGCUGCACGGCCCAAGACUAGUCCAAAACCAAAGGAUGGAGGUAGGAAGGGCAAGGAGGAUCCAGAGCUAGCGAAGCUCAAGGAAGGGCUUGAUUCUGUUAUCAUCAGGGAGAAGCCAAAUGUGAAGUGGAGUGAUGUGGCAGGUCUUGAGAAUGCCAAACUAGCAUUGCAGGAAGCUGUUAUAUUGCCUGUUAAGUUCCCACAGUUUUUCACUGGGAAGAGAAAACCAUGGAGGGCAUUUUUGUUAUAUGGUCCACCUGGUACAGGGAAGUCAUACUUGGCAAAGGCUGGUGCAACAGAAGCUGACUCAACUUUCUUCAGUGUUUCUUCCUCAGACCUGGUUUCCAAAUGGAUGGGUGAAAGUGAGAAGCUAGUUUCGAAUCUUUUCCAAAUGGCUCGUGAUAAUGCACCUUCCAUCAUUUUCAUUGACGAAAUAGAUUCACUUUGUGGCCAACGGGGUGAAGGUAAUGAGAGUGAAGCAUCUCGUCGCAUCAAAACAGAACUUCUUGUGCAGAUGCAGGGUAUAGGGAAUGAUGAUCAGAAGGUUCUUGUUCUUGCUGCCACAAAUACUCCCUAUGCACUGGAUCAGGCUAUCCGGCGGCGUUUUGACAAGAGAAUAUACAUUCCUCUCCCGGAUUUGAAGGCAAGGCAACACAUGUUUAAGGUGCAUCUUGGAGAUACUCCUCAUGAUUUAACUGAAAGAGAUUUUGAAAAGUUGGCUCGAAAAACAGAAGGUUUUUCAGGUUCAGAUAUUUCUGUUUGUGUUAAAGAUGUGCUCUUUGAACCUGUUCGUAAAACCCGGGAUGCGGAAUAUUUCAUUAAAUCCUCUGAUGGCAUGUGGGUUCCUUGUGAACUACAACGAGGAGCUGUCAAGACUACACUACAAGAACUUGAUGCACAAGGACUUGCUUCAAAGGUCCUUCCACCACCCAUCACAAGAGCAGAUUUCAACAAAGUGCUUGCACGGCAGAAGCCAACAGUGAGCAAAGCUGAUCUUGAGGUGCAUGAGAGAUUCACAAAGGAGUUUGGAGACGAGGGCUGAUGACUUUGAUGAAGUGGAAGCAGAGCUUUGAUUAAUUCAUAAAUACAAGUAAUGCAUAGUUUAGUUGAAUAAUUAUCCAUCUCUGUUGGCUCAUGUUUAGAGACAAGUGUUCCUUUUUGCUCUCCUCAAUCACUCAAGGCGAUAGUUUGGAAAGAAGAGAGGCUGCAAGGUGAACCAGAUUGAAUGACUGAUCAAUGCAUGUAAUGUUCAAUGGUAAAUGUAUAUAUACAAUAUAAGCAUUUUUUGCUA